AAAUUUGCUUAAUGGUAACAUCAGUUAAUGCUGUCAGUUCUAGCUGUCAAACAAAUUGACAUUGUCAAAAUUUCGCUAUUGUUUGUGAAUCAUCGGAAAGCAAAAUGCAACCACAAAUCCUAGUGCUGAAGGAGGGGACGGACCAGUCCCAGGGCAAGCCGCAGCUGAUAUCCAACAUCAAUGCGUGCCAGCUGGUUGUGGAUGCGGUCCGAACGACCCUGGGCCCUCGUGGCAUGGACAAACUGAUCGUAGACCACUCCGGCAAGUCAGUUAUAUCCAACGAUGGUGCUACUAUCAUGAAGUUGCUGGACAUCGUACAUCCUGCCGCGAAAACGCUGGUUGACAUCGCCAAAUCACAGGAUGCCGAGGUCGGAGACGGAACCACGUCGGUGGUCAUUUUGGCUGGAGAACUGUUGAAGAGAGUGAAGCCUUUCAUUGAAGAAGGCGUGCACCCACGCAUAGUAGUGCGUGCGAUGCGCACAGCGGCGCGUCUCUCCGUGGCUCGCGUGGGCGAACUGGCUGUGAAGAUUGACAACAAGAGCCCUCAUGAGCAGAGGGAACUCCUACGCAAGUGCGCGAUGACAGCGAUGUCAUCCAAACUGAUUCAUCAACAGAAGGGACACUUCUCUCAAAUGGUGGUUGACGCUGUGUUGUCUCUGGACGCUCCUCUGCUGCCUUUGGACAUGAUUGGAAUCAAGAAAGUCUCCGGCGGUGCUUUAGAAGACUCGUUCCUAGUCGCCGGAGUGGCCUUCAAGAAGACAUUCUCUUACGCCGGCUUCGAGAUGCAGCCGAAGUCCUACAACGACUGCAAGAUUGCUCUGCUGAAUAUCGAGCUGGAGUUGAAGGCGGAGAGGGACAAUGCUGAGGUGCGCGUAGACAACGUGAAAGAAUACCAAAAGGUGGUGGAUGCUGAAUGGCAGAUUCUCUAUGAGAAGUUGGAAGCUUUGCACAAGAGUGGCGCUAACGUGGUGCUCAGCAAGCUGCCUAUUGGCGACGUGGCCACACAGUACUUUGCUGACCGCGAUAUGUUCUGCGCCGGCCGAGUGCCCGAGGAGGAUCUGCGGCGAACGCAGCGCGCGUGUGGCGGCGCCGUGCUGACGUCAGUUCGGGAGCUGACGCAAUCGUCGCUCGGUCACUGCCGCGCGUUUACUGAGCGACAAGUUGGUGGCGAGCGGUAUAACAUCUUUACUGGUAAGUGUGGGGGACUGUCACAUGGUGGCCAAGGUUGUCCCGCCGCCAAGACUUGCACGCUCAUACUCCGCGGAGGCGCCGAGCAAUUCUUGGAGGAGACUGAGCGCUCGCUACACGACGCCAUCAUGAUCGUGCGUCGGACCAUCAAGAACGACGCUGUGGUCGCCGGUGGCGGCGCAAUCGACAUGGAAAUAUCGAAGCACCUUCGCGAAUACUCCAAAGGCGUCGCGGGCAAAGAACAGCUGCUUCUGGCGGGCAUCGCGCGCGCCUUCGAGGCCAUCCCGCGCCAGCUGUGCGACAACGCCGGCUUCGACGCCACCAACCUGCUCAACAAGCUGCGACAGAAGCACCACCAAGGCGAGGUGUGGUACGGCGUAGACAUUCAGAAGGAAGAUAUUUCGGAUAACUUCGAAGCGUGUGUGUGGGAGCCGGCCGUCGUCAAGAUCAACGCCAUCACCGCCGCCUGCGAGGCCGCCGCGCAGAUCCUAUCCGUGGACGAGACGAUCAAGAACGCCAAAGGCGAGGCGCCGCCCCAGAUGCCGGGCCGUGGUAUGGGCCGUCCGCGCAUGGGAUGAACAAACAAACUAUCACUAUAUCUCCACUUCACUGCGUCUCCCUUGCUGACCACAAUACUUAGGGCUCUUUCAAAAGACAAUGCCCGAAAUUGACUUACUUGACUUAUGGUCCUAUGUCCACUAGAUGGGGCAGAGGGCGUCCACAACAGUCCUCCAUCUCGUUCGGUCUUGAGCUUUUCGCUUGAUCUCGCUCCAGGUUUUGUCGAUGCCGGAAAUUGGCGUCUUUCUUUUUUUCGCGCGGCCAUCGACCAAACCAAGACCAAAUUGUUUUUUGAUUACAAAAUAGUGUAAUAAACCAAACUUACUAUGACAUGUAUACCUCUAAACUCAGUCUGAACUGAGUUACAAGCAUUAGAAGUUUGAUGAUUUUACUAGAUGAUACUAGAUUUGCAUUUUGCGCGCAAGUUUUGUAUGAAAUUGCAAAUCUGGCAUUGCCAUUUCGGGAAGGCUGACGCCCUACCUGUAGCCUUAUUCACGUAACAAAACAUCAACAACAACAAAUCGCUGAGUUGCGAUCCUAUCGAGUAAUCGUUCUAUCGAAAAUGACCCUCGUGAAUACGGAUUUAGAACUGUUUUUCAAUGGGACGACUUCUGAACGUCAGCGAGAUCAAAAUACGUGCUUUAGGCCACUGGUAAUGGUACAUCCAAAUCCCCUUAGUUUGUCCUUAAGCCUUUAACGGUCUAAAUUUUUCAUUGUUUGUGGACCUUAAGACAAGGGAUUAAAGUUCAAAAUAUGGUGGGAAUUAUAUUCCCAUUGCCGUAUAAAGGGUUAAGUGACUAAGCAAGGACCCUGCCUAAAUAUUCUGAUUUGCCCUUCCUGGUCCAGAUAGAUCUGUGUCAAAGCAGUAAAUUAUAAUGUUUGCUUAAAAUAAAAAUGUGGCCAAUUAAUUUUUAAAAGAAA